GCAGUCGUGCGGAAGCUGCAGGAAUUUGAGCUGCCCUAUGUGUCCGUCACCAGCCUGCACGACCCCGAGUUCAGGAUCAUCCUGCGCAAGAGCUACUGGGACUCCUCCUACGACGACGAUGUAAUGGAGCAUCGUGUGGGGUUGAACUUGCUGUAUGCGCAGACGGUGUCGGACAUUGAGCAUGGGUGGAUCCUUGUCAACAAGGAACAGCACCGGCAGCUGAAGUCCCUGCAGGAAAAAGUCUCCAAGAAGGAGUUCAUCCGCCUGGCGCAGACCCUGAAGUACUAUGGCUAUCUCAAGUUCGACCCCUGCGUCACUGACUUCCCUGAGAAGGGGUGCCACGUCGUCGUCAGCGCUGGCAACAACGAGCUCAACUUCCAGGUGCGGCUGCCGAACGAGCAGAUCAAGGAAGGCAGCUUCAAGGUCACGCGCAUGCGGUGCUGGCGGGUCACGUCCUCG